AUGAAUGUUACACAGAACCAAGUGUAUAGGGCAAAAAAAUUGGCUAAGAAGGUCAUUCAAGCUGGUUUUAAAAAGGGUUUCGUAGAAGGCUGUAGGCCUGUCGUAGGGGUUGAUGGGUGCCACUUAAAAGGACCCUGCUCAGGGCAGAUCUUAACUGCAGUUGGUGUUGAUGGGAACAACGACUUGGGGAUCCAAAAUGGUUUGGCAUGGGUGUUUAUAAGUGAUAAACAGAAUGGGCUAAUUCCUGCUAUGCAAACAGUUUUACCAAAUACUGAACACAGAAUGUGCGUGAGACAUUUGUAUAACAACUUCAGAGGCCAGCACACAGGACUUGCUCUUAAACAUUUGCUAUGUGCUGCUGCAAAGGCAACCACAUUGCCUUGGUGGGAACCAGAGAUGGAUAAUCUGAAAAAGGAGGAUGCAGAUGCUUGGAGGUGGUUAAUUGAGAAGCCUGCGAAACAUUGGUCAAGAUCUCAUUUUGCAACACACUAUAAGUGUGAUUUGUUGUUAAAUAACCUAUGUGAAAGCUUCAAUGCAACCAUUAUUAAUGCAAGGGAUAAGCCAAUCCUAACAUGCCUUGAGAGAAUAAAGAUGUAUAUUAUGAUUAGGAUGGCUAAUAGAAGGGCUUCUUGUCAACAUUGGAGGUAUACUGUUGGUCCUAGAAUCUUCAACAUAAUAGAGAAAAAUAAGUUGGCAUCAAGUCAAUGCAUACCAAGGUUGGCUGGGGAGAAGAAAUAUCAAAUAAGUCAUAUGUAUGAGGGAGAAUUUGCUGUAGAUCUAAGAGCAAAGACUUGCUCUUGCAGAAGAUGGGACUUAUGUGGGAUUCCUUGCCCACAUGCAAUUUCUGCUAUUUUCCAAAGAAGUGAAGACAUAGAGGAUUAUGUGGAUAAAUUGUACAAGAAAGAGGCUUACUUAAAAACAUAUGGUCCUAUCAUUAGACAUGUUCCUUUCAUUGACCAAUGGCCAAGGAGUUGUUUACUUGUAAUUAAGCCUCCCAACUUCAGAAUCCAACCUGGAAGGCCAAGGAAGGUGAGGACACAAGAACCAGGGAAGGUGGAAAUACCAGCUCCAGUACCUUCAAAUCCAAAACCACCGAACUGGAAACCACAACCUGCAAGGCUCCAGCUCUCCAAGGGCAAGCCGAAGCUCUAG